AUGCACGCUUCAAAGAAUAAAAACACAGAAAAGGCAGAACCAUUCUACAGGCUGUCAGUGCCAAAGCAGAAGACCAGUUCUGAGAUUAUAAAUGAAGCCAGAAACGUUCUACGAACACUAAGAACUCGGAGACCAUUUACCCCUACAGAGGAUCAAAGGAAACUUUUUGGAUCUGGAUCCUCACGAACUCCUCAAAAUAGACCCCCUUCAGUUUUUAGUCUUCAUGCAUCCAGUUUUGAUUUGGCUGAAUCAAGACCAGUGUCUGGUGUUCGUCUUAGCCCACUGGAUCAUAAACCAAUACUAGUCACUUUUGCAAAAGGUGAAGAUUCUUCCAUUUGCCUUCCAAAACCUCCUGCCAAUGCUGCAGAGGUUAGAAAAGUCAGCAGUGUUCGGGCACGCUUAUUUAGAAGAACUUCUCAGGGAAAUUUCCUUUCUGCUGAAAUGGUUCCUCCUGAUCAGAAUGAAGAGAAGCUAGAUUCUGAAGAACCAGCUAUGAUGAAUAAUCUUUGCAGAAGUAAUAACAACUGCUUAGCGGAGCAAAGGUCAUACACACCAUUUAAUGAUGAAAGUAGAAAAUUAAUUUGUAAUGAGGUUAUCAGCAGAUCAGAGAGGGAAGACUUCCUAAAAGAGAAAGUAGGAAAAUUUUUAUUUCAAGUGAGAGAAGGAAGUGUCAACACUGAUGGCAGAUUUGCUGAUGAAGAGCAACAGUUUCCCUGUGACCAGAUCAAAAAGCCUGGCACAAGUUCAUCGUGGCCAAGGAGUACAGGCUGGAAGAGAAGAGUAACAGGCUUAGAGGAUGAAAGAAGAAUAAACGAAUCAGAACAGGAAGAAAUCUUUUGGCAUGUAAAGAUUCUACCAAUUCUGCAUGAACUGGAAAAAGUAGAAGACAAUAUAGAAAAUCUUUGUCUGGCUUGCAUCAAGCUCUAUCAAGCCUUGAAUGAAGGAAACAUGCUUGGAAAAAGAUUUAAAAGAAGAAGUGUGCUUCUGAAGACAUUAUAUAAACUUGUAGACAUUGAUUCAGAUCCACUUUGCCUGAAGGUGGCAAAGAUUAUUCUGGCUAUGAAAGUGGAUGAAAAAAAUCUUCUCAGUGUUUGCAAGCUUGCCUUUAAAAUUUGCAGGAAUAAAAAAAAUGAUUACAUCAUUCAAAAUGAUAGAUUAUUGG